UGCAAAUUAAUAAUUAUACCUGUUAGUAUGCGAGAAUUAAAGCAUGUAUUUAACAUUUGCCAACAAACACGAUUAUCUUUUUUUUAUCGCAUCUCGUGGCAUCAUGUUGUUUAAAUAUCAAUUGUUUUUUAUGUUUUCAUUAAGUUUAUAUUGGAAUAUAAUUUUCGUUUUGUACCACUUAAAUCUUCUUGUCUUAUCGUUUGCAAUAUUAGUUUAAUGUUGCCAUCAAUUAUUUUUUUCCAUUUUUCAAUUUGUGAUUUACUCAUUAUAUUUACUGCAUGAUUAAUUGUUUUAACUAUUUCAUCGCAAACAUUACUAAUUUCACAGAUAUUAUUAUUAUUAUUACAAUUAUUGGAUAUUAUAUUUUUACAAUAAAAUAAAUUAAUUUUCAAUUAUUUCAAUGUCAACCGUAUUGUGAGACAAGUCUGCUUUAUAUAUAAGCGAAUAUUUGUCAGGUUUAAAUUUGGAAAUUUCAGCCUCUACAAUGGGAACUAACCUUUUGGGCAGAUAUAUUAUUUCCUCAUCCAAUUCGACCUGUACUGUUUUUCCAUAUAUACUGUCCACUAUAUGCAUAUCGCUUAUGAUAUAUUUUUAUUGUUUUUCCAAACUUCUUAUUGGUGAAUAUUUCUUCAACUGAACCUUCGAAUUAAUUGCGUUUAUAUUCAUUGUUCACAAAUAUUUAUUGAAACUAAAGAGACAUAUCAAACACAAAAAAAAAUACAUUUUUAUGUUGAUAACACAGACAGAUAUAAACUCAAACACAGACAAUUGCAAAAUUGUUGUCUAUGGAUAUUUCUUUCUCUUCGAACUGAUUAAUUUCUAAAAUAUGGUCAAUUUAUAUCUGCAUCCCCCCAGAUGAUACCUACCAUUAAUUUUUUUUUUUUUUUUUGUAUGUAAAUUUAAUUUUCUGUGAGUGGGAAAGUAGCAUUCAAAGGUGGUGUCUGUGAAAAGACAUAUUUAAAUAAAAUAAAUUAUGGGCAUCUGAGUGUAGUUAGUAGAAUGGGUAGUUCAAAAUGCUGCUUGAAUGAGAAGAAAAAGCACAAUAAAACACACAAUUAUAAUUAUUUAAAUACAUUUAUUUCAAUUAUUAUUAAUUACACACAACCUUCAAUGCUUCCUUUGACAUAAAAAAUCUGCAUAUUUAUCCCAAAUCCUAUCACUUAUGUCUAUUAAUUCUUUAAAAUUAACUAAUCCAACAUUACUAAUUGUAAGGUACAUAAUCAUAAUUAUUGUUAUUAUUAUUAUAUUUCUGGCAAGUAUCUAAUAAUUGGCCACAACCAUAAGAACAGUACAGUGCCAAAUUUAAAAGAUAAUCUGUUGUUGUUGUCGCUGUGAAUAUUUGACUGCGAAUGCAAUUAUUACUUUAGAACAUACCGGUUUGCGUGUUUGUAAUUUUUAUCUUCUUAUGCAAACCUGUUUAUUAAGAGCAAUGAUCGAGAAAAGACACCAAGAACAAAUUGACUUCAAUAUUAUAAGUAUACUUUUAUUUCUUGUCCUUUUUUUUACUACUACUUCAUUACAUUUAUAAGUUCAUUGGCUUUUUGAAUACAUAUCCUUAUGUGAAAACAAUUGCACGUGUCGGGACCGUCGGUGGCGUCUGGAGUGGACCAGCAACAUCCAGUAAAGUGAAUUGAUUUAAUUCCUUUAUCUAUCGAAACCCUGUCAAGGGAACCCAUCCCAUCUCCGCACUCCAAAAGUUAGCGUGUGCUGUGUUGACUCUAGUCAUUGUUAUCUGUAUAUUCAUCUUCUAUAACUUCUUCUGCCCACUCAAUUGCUUUACUUAUAUCUUCCAUGUUUGUUGUGUUAUUGUUAUUCCUUAGUUUAAUAUUGAUGGGAUGCAAAGGGUGCUGCUGUUCACCGGUGAUAAGACUAUAGCAGAGCAGGCCCAGUCGUCGAGCAUGAUGGAGCUCAUCCAACAAGACAUCAACGUACAGAUCCAAGGCAUUGGUGUGUCCCUGGUGAACAACACCAUCAGACAGGAAAUAUUGUACGUGGCCAUCGCCAGCUCGGGCAUCAUCUGGGAGAACGGCAAGCUCAAAUCCAAACGAUUCAAGUCGUUGCCCAGCAAGGACACCGAACACAUCGAGGAGGCCUCCCAGUUGUACCAAAACCGUGUGAUGGCUGGCGACAAGCCACCGCAUCGAGUCUCGGUCGACGGCAGGACGGAAAUCGACUUCGAAACCAUGGAGUACUACAAGCCGGGCAGGAGGAGCAUCAGACGUUGCUACCAAACCGGAUUGUGGCUUAACCUGAAGACCAGUCCCAAUCAGAUGCAGCUGCACGUCAAAGUUAACAGGAUUCAGAUCGACAAUCAGAUGUUCGAUUGUCUGUUUCCGGUUAUCCUGGCCCCGGUACCGCUACCCAAGAGUGUUGCUGCUAUUAACGACUGUUGCUGUUGCUCCGAUGACUCCCCAUCAUCAUAACAAUGUUCCAGUUGUUUUUUAAUAUAAAGCAGUUUAUUUUUAAUACAGUAACACAAUGAUUUUUCUUUCUCCGUUAAUAGUUGUUCUAUUUUACGAAUCGUUUCACUCACUGUUUCCAUGAUGUUGCUUCAUCAUUCAAAUGUAUUAUUUUAAGUUUCUUAAUUUCAUCAACUACUUACGUUUCAGAGCAUAUAAAUUAAUGUCUUGUUGAAGUUUUCUUAAUAUUCCCUAAUGUAGUAGUAGUAGUAGUAGGAUACAUCAAAAACACAAUGAGAAAAAAAUCAAUAAAACAUCAUGUAUUUAUUGAA